UUUUGUUCCCUUCUGAUGGUAUCAAGUUUUCAGUACUCCAACACCAAAUGCGUGUUGCUAACAUCCCAAGCUUAAGAAAUUAUUCCUACAAAAUGGUUUGCACCAGUCUGACUGGCGAUUGAGACAAAUCCUGCAUGAUGUCACUGUCUAGUGAUGAGCUCAUCCCGCCUGCCCUGGUCUUGACUCUUGUCUUGGACUGGAGCAGUGCAGGAGGAAUACUGCCUGGAGAAAAUCACUUCCAAAUGCAGAGCGAAUGCUGAAGAAUCAAGAAGAAGAAGAAGAAACUGUCGAGCAUGGUAGUCAAUAGGCGAGGCCUUUUCGAAGAAGCGAAUCAAAGACAGAGCCCCAACAAAUCAGUGAAUUGUACACACUCGGAAGAUUUCAGAAGACCUAAACUGACUUCAGGCAAUACCCUUUGCUCUACGUGAAGCACAUGACUGGUCAGUGCCCAAACAAACUUCUUCGAAAAUGACCCUCACUCUGCAAGUUACUCAGUUACUUGCCUUAUCAUUCAUUUAUUGACCUCUGUCAUGCCAUUUAUGUGUGUCAGGUGCUUAUCUCAAAGUCCAGUGCACCAUUGUUUUGAUAAUGGUUCCACAUUGUGUCAGGAAUUCAAAGGAAUACAUGUAGGCCCUAUUGAUAUUGAUGUUCUCGAUGUCUUCAUUUGGAUGUAAUGGCUGCGUCUUUCACUAUUCAUAUGGAGCCAACAAACGCUCAUGGAAUCACUGCAGAUGCCAUUGAGAUUGUGGAGGAGUUGCCUUCCAAGAAAAGAUGGUCAGCAAUGUUGCGCAUCUUGUGGAUCCCAGUAGUGUUCGUGUCGUACACAGCAUUCCUCUACUACCUCUCUUCACAUCUACCUGACCUACCUGCGGCAAGUGGAGGUUCUGCCAUAUCAUUCCCGACGAAUCUCCAAGAGUUGACGAGCUUGGCUGCAGUGCUGUCCCAGUAUAAAACACACCAUCUCGGUUAUGUCCUCAUCUUGUUUUGCUCAGCAUACAUUUAUAAACAAUCAUUUGCCAUUCCGGGAUCUGCAUUGUUGAAUCUGUUAGCAGGUACUCUAUUCGGCGUGCAGUAUGGAUUCCCGUUAGUCUGUCUCCUCACAGCCUUCGGGGCAACGUGCUGCUACCUUCUGUCGCAAUUUUUCGGAAAAACAUUCAUCUUAAAAUAUUUCCCUGAUAAGGUGAAGAGAAUGCAAAAUCUAGUCAGUGAGAAUUCCGACAGUCUCUUCUUCUUCCUGUUGUUUCUGCGACUCUUCCCGAUGUCGCCCAACUGGUUCCUAAACAUGGCAUCUCCGAUUAUCAACAUUCCUAUACAUCUCUUCUUUUUAUCUGUCUUUAUUGGUUUAAUGCCUUACUGCUUCAUCUGUGUUCAGACGGGAUGCAUCCUUUCAACGAUCUCCUCCAUGAGUGAUAUCUUUACAUUCUGGACCAUGGCUAAGCUAGCUGGGGUUGCCAUGGUAGCGCUGUUACCGGGAUACCUCAUCAAAAGAUACCACAAGAAGGAUAUAAAGCUUGCUCAGGACUAACAUUGACUCUAUUAUUUAUACUUCACGGGACAGAAUAUUUUUGUUUUAUGAACAGUAUAUAGGCUUUGUGAAGUCUUCUGUGCAGGACAGCAGAUUCUGUUGAGCAGAAUGCUGAGACCAAGUGAUUGAUGUGACUGGGUAAAUGAUGGUAUGCCAGUUGGAACUAUUGUUAUUAUUCGAACAAACGUUUAACUUAUUAUCUUAUUGGUUGCAGACUGUAAAUGUACAGUUUCAUUGUUGUGUAAUUAAAGAAAACACUUUUUCUAACAAA